GUACCGGUACUUGAGGCUCUUUGCUUCCAGGCGCCAUUCAGGCGCUGUAGAAGAAGGAUCUAGCUGGGCCUAGCGGAAAAUAGGCGGCCGCCAUGGCUUUCCACGUAGCCUGCCCCUUCACUCUGCAGGCAAUCUGCCGUUGCCUUGCCGGCAGUGGCGCCCCGUUCUCACCUGCCGAGGUGCAAGCCAUGUUUGCUCGUCCCCAGGACUUCGUGCGAGAGUCCACCUCCAUUGAAAUUCUGGUGCCAAUUCUGGGGACUCACGGGGGAGCCCGCCUUCGCCCGCUGGACUACUUUGACGAGAGCCGGAAGCACAAAGGGGGGGCGAGGAAGGAUCCUCCUGCAGAACAGGGGCCGGCUUUGCCUCCCCCUGCCGCGUUUGCGAGGAGACGGGAACAGGAGCGAGUGGCAGCAACUAGGAACGAGAGGAUUCCGGCCGAGGCAACGGAGGGCCGCAGGCCGCUGAAGAGCGAGAAAGGAGGGGAGAUUGGGGAGCCUGAUGCAGGGUUGGUCAAGCAAAGCGGGGGGAAGUGCGGCUGGUGUUUGGGCGAGGGGGAAGAGGAGGUUGCAAUGAUUGUGUGCAGUAAAUGCAGCAAAGACUUUCAUGUGGAGUGCAUCAAGGCCCAGUGGGCAAAGUAUCGGGACCACUUUGAGUGGGCGGACUUUGUCUGCCCCUAUUGCAGGCUUUGUACCGGCUGUGGGCUCCCCGGCACGCACGAGGAGCUCGACCGCCUGAUUGUCUGCAAGCGGUGUGACAUCAUGUACCAUCAGCGCUGCGCGGGGCUCCUGCGGAAAGUCGUCGGGCCGUUUCUGUGCGCGGAUCACGUCGAGUGCCGUAGCUGCGGGACGCGAGUGCCUGGCACCGGAAUCAGCGGGAAGUGGUACUUGGGUCACCUGCUUUGCGACGCAUGUGGGCGACUGUGGCUCAAAGACAAGUACUGCCCCGUGUGUUACAAAGUCUACCGUAACUCCGAGCUGGGCCUCUUGAGCGCGUGCGCCACUUGCGGGCAUCAGGUCCACGAAGGUUGCGAGACGAGCGACGAGGCGCGCGCGCGUGCGCGUUAUGCGUGUCCCGCGUGCCGGGGGGAGGUGCCGGCGCUCCCAGGGGACGAGAAAGACGUCAUCGAGUUCCUGUGGCGGCUGAAGGACCGAGACGACGAAGGAGUUGUGGACGAGGAAGGGGGAGGAAACGGAAUUGAGGGGGAGGGGGGGGUGAACGGUGCUGAGGAGGAGGUGGGGGGGAACGAAAAUGAGGAGGCGGCGGAGGGGCAAGACGGAGCGGGAGGGGAGAAAAAGGGGGCAGGUGAAGGGGAGAAGGAGGGGAGGCGCGAGCAGGAGACGAAGAAGACGAAGGAUAAGAGGGAGGGGGGAGGUGAGGGAGAGGGGGGUGAAAGAGAAGAGUUGGCGGAAGAGCAAGGGGGGAAGAUUGAUUGCGGAAAGGCGGACGAGGGCAGAAGCGGGCAUGGAAGAAACGCCGGGAAGAAUGAAGAGGAUGACGGAAAAACGCCGGAAAAAGUAGGGGAAGAAAGAGAUGAAUCGGAGAUGGGUCUGGCUGCAAUAACCAAACCCGAAACGACGGGCGACGUGGACAAAUCAGAGGAGGGGGAAAUUCUGGUUGGGGAAGCGGGUCUAGAAACUGAAGACAAAGACGGGUUGGAAAGGGCACCAAAGGGAAUUGAACAAGCACUGCAAAGCGGGGGGUUAGACGCAGACAGAAAUGGGGGGGGGAGCCCAGCAGCGGAUUCUGCCCCCAAGGAGGUGCGUCGUCGCAGGACGCCCAGUAGCAAGUUCAAAGAUAUGCAGGUAACGGUGAAACGGCCGAGGCGGUCGACUGGCGAGAAGAAAGGAUCAGGCGCGCCGAAAGGGGAUGGGGAGGGGAAACUUGAGAGAAACUUGGAGGCGAAAAUGGAGGAGGUUGUCGAGGGGUUAGGGGCAAAAGUUGAGGAAGGAGAGGGGUUAGGGUCUAAUCGACGGGGGCGGUCGCAGAAACGGAAGGAGCCAGAGGAGGAAACGGCGGUUGGUAAGAGGGAGCGACGACGAAGCAAGGGUAACAACGAUUGAUUGGACACGUUUCAGGUUGAAAAGAUCUGAUUAAGGUCGGAGAUACUGCGAGUGGAUAUCUUUCAAAGGGCAGUAAUUCGACCACUUCAUUAAAGCUCUCCUUGAAG